GUCCCCUUGCCGAGGGAUGCGAGCCACCCACCCAGCCGGAUGGCACCAGGAACAUCUACAGGGAAACUCCAGCGCUGGGAAUCCAAAGCAUCACAAAAACUGGGAAUAGAAACCUGGGAACAUCUUGCCUCAACACGCUGGGUCUUUCACAACCUGCUUGGCCCGUGCAUGGUGGCUCCAGCAGCUGCAGUACCACAGAAAAUCAACCCCAGCUCUCCCUGCGGCUCCAGCAAAUUGUAGCCUGGUACAGGAGUAGGUAAUAGGCUGAAGGAAAUUGCCAGUUUGGAGUGUUUGGGAAGCAAGCACGGUGUCACCGCUGAGGCUGGGAGCUCAGUGGCUGCUCUCUCUCUGCCCUGGCUUCUCCUGGGCCCCCGCAGGGCAGAAGCUGGACGGGUGCAUUGGCGGUGACAUUUCUCCAGCCACCACCAGAGCGUCACUUCUUGGGAGACUGAAGAGCCAGGCUCUGGGACAGGGGCUCUGUUCUGCUGGCAUGAGCACUGAUUCCAGCUGUUCGCAAAGAAUCUGUCUGGUUUGCAGCAGUUUGGGAAAUCAGCAGCUCUGCUCUCGCACCGUGACUCUUCUCCUGGGUGACAUGUGAAGGCAGCGCGGGGAGCAGAGGCAGCAGAGAUGCAUUCCAGCCACCUCGAGGACCCCAAGGAAGCCAUCCAGCUGAUCAAGAAGCAGCUGGUGAAUGCCAUCAAGGCUCUGCAGAAGCAGUACGUGAGCUCAGACACCGUGGUCACCAGUGAUGACGGCAACGCCAACACACUCUGCAGCGCCCUGGAAGCUGUGUUUGUGCACGGGCUGAAGGCAAAGCACAUCAAGACAGAGACUGGGGGGAAAGGGAAGAAAUCAGGGGGUCGAGGCCCCCUUCCCCAGCCAGUCUUUUGGGGCCUGCUGAAGAGCAUCACGCAUCGAAAUAUUGUCUCGGAGCUGGAACAACUGAUGUUUAUCAACACGGAUGUGGGGCGCUGCCGGGCCUGGCUGCGGCUGGCACUGAACGAUGGCCUCAUGGAGUGUUACCUGAAGCUUCUGCUGCAGGACCGCACCCGGCUGCACGAGUACUACCAAGCCCCAGCUCUGCUCCUGGACACCGAGGAGUGCGAGUUUCUCCUCUGCUACUUGCAGGGUUUAUCAUCCUUAACCUUCGAGCUGUCCUACAAGUCAGCAGUUCUAAAUGAGUGGACCAUCACCCCACUGUCCCUGUCGGGUCUGUGUCCCUUGUCCGAGCUGCUGGAGCCCCUCAUGUCCUCGGCCUCUGAACCCCGCAGGAAAGCAUCACUGGGCUCCAUCUCCCAGUCCUCAGGGUCUGAUGAGAUCGAGAUCCAAGCCCCCGUCCUGCCCAUCGGCAAAGCCAGCAGCAAGAUCAAGCUCACGUCAUCCUCGCUGAGCCUGAACACCACGAGCUCGUCCCAGCUCUCGUCCAGCCUGGGCUCUGACAGCCUCCCCCCGGUGCCCUGCGCCCGCAGCCCUGAGCGCGGCGAGGAGCCGCUGUCCUGCGACUCCGACCUGGGCACAGCCACCGCUGAGGACCUGGACAGGUCCCUGCAGGAGGUGUUGUCUGAGUUUAGCAAAGCCAGGCCAAGCCCGGAUGCCCCGGAGGGACAGCUGCUCCCCACCGUGCUGGAUUGCUCUCCCCGGCCUCCCCCAGUAUCGCCCGCCCGCCUGGCACCGACCCAUGGAACACACCAGGAGCCUCUCCCCGGCACUGACAUCUCUGCUUGGACAGGAGAUCCCACACCCCUCGGCCGUGGGGAUGGAGAUUCCAGCAGCACGUCCGGAAUUCCGGCCCCUCGGGAUGGUCCGGGCAGAGCAGAGAGCGGUGACAGCGAGGGGAGCCAGGCUGUGCACAGCCCCACAGCCCAGCACCUGCUCUCCCCCCUGCUGGGGUGUCCGAAGAGCUGGAUUUCAGAAGAUGAUUUCUACAGACCUUCCCCGGGGGAGAGCAGCAGGAGCACGGCCGACACCAAUGGCUUCGGGCCAGAGGGGGACAGCAAGGAGCCAGCCCCGGGACUCAUCAGUGCUCUGGACUUGGAGAGGCUCUCAGUGCCAUCGUCGGACACUGGGAAGCCCAAAAUGUCCCCAGAGCGGGAGCAGAAGGGCUUCAGCGUGGUGCACCGCAGACAGAUGGGUCUUUCCAACCCUUUCCGUGGGCUGCUGAAGCUGGGCACCCUGGAGCGGCGAGGAGCCAUGGGGAUUUGGAAGGAGUUUUCCUGUGAGCUGUCCCCACUGGAGCUGCGGCUCUUCCUGGACCACGAGGACCGGAUCUGUGUGGAGACCUACUCCCUGCUGCGCUGCGAGUCCCUGGCGCUGACCCACUCCGACGGCCGCUUCGAGCUGGUUUUCCUGGGGAAAAAGCUCUUCCUCCGAGCCCCUUCCCGGGAUGAGGCCGAGGACUGGCUGGACAGGAUCCGUGAGGCACUGCGCAAGUGCCGGCCGCAGCUGGAGGAGGAGGACUGGGAGACUCUGGAGUAUUCCGAGAAUGGAGGCGAAGCCCAGCCUGCUCAGGGCGAUUCCAGUGCUCUCCAGUACAGUGACGGGCCUGGGAACAGCUUGGACUGGACUCCAGCUCCAGAAGCAGAGCUGGAUGCCAUCAAAGAGGCUGUUCUGUACAUGGAUGUGGACAAAACCUGGGUCCCGUUUAUUUUUUCCCUGUCUCUAGAAACUCUGAAGUGCUUUAAAAUCAGAAACAAUGACAAAAUUUUAAGCAACAGUUAUGGCAUAGAGACCAUCCAGGACAUCCUUCCAGACACGAGCCUGGGGGGACCCUCCUUCUUCAAGGUGAUCACCUCCAAGGCUGUGCUGAAGCUGCAGGCUGAGAAUGCAGAGGAGGCGGCCUCGUGGCGGGAGCUGGUCCGAGAGGUGCUCAUGUCCUACCUGGAGAGUGCCGAGGAGGCGCUGACCCUGGGGGGCAGCUUGGAUGGGCACUCCCAGGUCGUCCUGAAGAACAUUGUGAAGGAAAAUGGCUUCUUGUUGCAGUACCUCGUGGCCAUCCCCAUGGAGAAGGGCCUGGACUCACAGAGCUUCAUCUGUGCAGGCUGCUCCCGCCAGAUCGGCUUCUCCUUCGCCAGGCCCAAGCUCUGCGCCUUCUCCGGGCUCUACUACUGUGACAGCUGCCACCGGGAUGAGGAGACCGUGAUCCCCUCCCGCCUCAUCCACAACUGGGACCUGACCAAGCGAGGGGUGUGCAAGCAGGCCCUGAAGUUCCUCACACAGAUCCGAAACCAGCCGCUGAUCGAUCUGAAGCUGGUCAACGAGAGCCUCUAUGAGCACGUGGAGAGGAUGGGCCGGAUCCUGCGCAUCCGGGAGCAGCUGAAGCUGCUGGGGGAUUAUCUCAUCAUGUGUCGCAGUGGUGCCCUAAAGGAGAUCAGCAAGCGGAGUUAUCCGUCUCUUGGCUGGGUCAGCACAAUGAGCUAUGACUCAGGAAACACCUUCCUGGCUGGGGAGCUUCUGGCUGGACAGGAAACACCUGGCAAAAUAGAUGAGAUAUUUAUUUUCUUUUUCCCCCCCUUUGAAAUGCUCUCACAUGAUUUCCAGUGGCAGGAUUUGGGAUGUGAAAAUGGGCUCUGCAGUGAUUCACUUCAAGAGGCUGCUUCAUCCAGGCUCAUCCUUGCUCCAAAGCUGUUGGAGGUGCAGUGGAGACCAUCUAUGCCCUUCCUCUCUAUGCUUCUUUGCAGGCUUGAUCACAGGCAUUACCUCCUGGAGUGUCCCCACAAAUACAGCGUGGCUGAUCUGAGGCAGAUCGCCGACGGCGUCUUCGAGACCUUCCUGCAGUCGCUGCUGCAGUUUGCAUCCCACCACGUCUACAGCUGCGACCUGUGCACCCAGCGGGGCUUCAUCUGCCAGAUCUGCAACAGCAGUGACAUCAUCUUCCCCUUCGAGUUUGACACUACCACCAGGUGCAGUGAAUGCAAAACCGUCUUCCACCGAGACUGCCAUGCCCGAGCCCUGUCGUGCCCACGGUGCGAGCGGCGGCAGCAGUACCAGCGGCGGCUGGAGGCCAGCACGGAGCCCAGCCUGUAGCCUGGCACUGACCUCGACACUGCCCUCAGGAUGGGGAUGGCGGGAGGGACAGAGCAGAGCCCCCCUCCCUGCCUGAGAGCUCAUCCUGCACCUGGCCCUGCCCUGGGGAUAGGGACAAUGUGGGGUGGGUGCUCCUGCCCCACAGAGGGACCUUCUGCCCACCCAGGGCUAAAGAAUGGGGCUGGAAAAAUCCAUCCUCCUUCACACUAACCAGGUGCUGUUCCCUGUCACCCUCCUGGUGCCAAUGUCCCCUCCCAGUGGAACCCAGCGGCUCUUCAGGGUGUCAUCUCAGAAUUCCAGUCAAGGGUGUGGAGAACUGACAUUGAUCAAAGCUCUAGUUUUUUAGGAUACUGAAAACUGGUAUUUUUUUACAUGGUGGUUUUGCACAACUGGGCUGCUCUGGGUGGUGGACCCACGCAGGGAGGGGACAAAGUGACACUUGUGCCUUUAGGGACCUGCACUCCCCAGGGGGACCGUGGGUGCCCGAGCAUCUCCCGCUCAGAGAGCCCAGCCAGGGCCGUGGCCUCCAGGAAGAGCUGGGGAGAGCUGGCCCACUCCUCCCUGCUUACUGCUGCUCAUCCUCGGGAGAAAUUUUAUUUUCUUUUAACCCCUCCCCCACGCAAGAAUAAUUAAAAGUCUAUUUAACAACAA